GAUUGUUUGUUGAUGCAUUAAGGAUCGGAGAUGUUAGGGGAUUUCCUCACUCGAUGUCUUAUACUGCUUCUGGGGUAUGCAUAUCCUGGAUUUGAAUGCUACAAAACCGUGGAGAAAAAUAGGGUCGACAAUGAGGAACUUCGUUUCUGGUGUCAAUACUGGAUCAUUGUAGCACUUUUCACAGUACUGGAAAGGGUUGCAGAUGUAUUUAUUGGAUGGCUGCCCAUGUAUGGAGAGCUGAAGCUUGCACUCUUUAUCUACUUGUGGUACCCCAAAACUAAGGGGACGGGAUAUGUUUAUGAUGCUGUGUUGAGGCCUUAUGUAUCAAGGCAUGAAAGUGACAUUGAGAAGAAGUUCAGAGAGUGGCGAGCUAGGGCAUGGGAUUUGGCCAUCUUUUACUGGCAAAACUGCACAGAGUUGGGGCAAUCUGCCACUUUUCAGGUUUUGGACUACUUGGCUGCUCAGUCUAAAAAAUUUUCCAGCAAAUCCUUCACUAAGAAAAAAGACGAGUUUGGUCCAACUCCAAGUGCCCCACCAUUGUCUUCAAUACGAGAGUCUUUCUUCGAAAACAAUCAAAACGGGCGCAAGAACAAGAAGGGGUUGUGAGAGUGAAAGAGGGGGAACCAAGGAAAGAAUGG